AUGGAAUUUAGUCUCCGUUUAAACUCAUUGAAAAAGUUAUCCACUAUUGCACUUGCUCUUGGUGUGGAAAGAACCAGAAGUGAAUUAAUCCCUUUUCUUACUGAUACUAUCUAUGAUGAAGACGAGGUUCUACUAGCAUUGGCUGAACAACUGGCAGGUUUCACACCUCUGGUUGGUGGUCCUGAGCAUGUUCAUUGUUUGUUACCUCCACUGGAAAGUCUAGCAACAGUUGAAGAAACAGUCGUUCGAGAUAAAGCUGUUGAUUCGUUGAGACAAAUUGCAGCUGACCAUUCUGUGGAUGACCUGGAAAAUCAUUUUGUUCCAUUAGUUAAAAGAUUAGCACAAGGAGAUUGGUUUACAUCACGAACAUCUGCAUGUGGCUUGUUUGCUUGUUGUUAUGAGCGUGUUGGAAAUAAUACAAAAACAGAUCUCCGCACUGCGUUUAAAACUUUGUGUUGUGAUGAUACACCAAUGGUACGAAGAGCUGCAGCUGGGAAACUUGGUGAAUUCGCCAAGACUGUGGAAAUUGAAUAUGUUAAAUCAGACUUAAUACCAUCGUUUACGAAUCUCGCUAUUGAUGAUCAAGAUUCAGUUCGUUUAUUAGCUGUCGAAGCAUGUGUUUGUAUCGCAGAUAUCUUACCACCAGCUGAUAAAGAAACUUUUAUGAUGCCUACCUUACGCAACGCAGCUCAAGAUAAAUCAUGGCGAGUGCGUUAUAUGGUUGCAGAUAAAAUAGUGGACUUACAAAAGGCAGUAGGUCCAGAUAUAAGCAAACAGGACUUGGUACCAUCAUAUGCUGCCUUGCUGAAGGACUGUGAGGCAGAAGUAAAAACAGCAGCUGCACAUAAAGUAAAAGGUAUGCCUCACAUACAGGUUUGGACAUUCAAAUUGAAUCCAAUGAUCUUCUGAAGUUUUGAAGCUUCCCUUUUAUCAGUAAGUUAAGCACACCCUGCUAAUAUUUUCAGUCUUGAUCAUGAA